AGGGCCGCUGGGUCAGCCUUCCACAGCAUGUGCUACUAUCUCAUGCCGGAUGUCAAAAUAACGUUUGAAAUGUGAAUGUUGCUUUCCAGCAUGAACUAGUUUGCGCAAAACCUCUUGAUUAAUAAAUGAAAUGGUCACCAGUAGCAGGUCCCUUGCAAAUAUGUUCUCCAACAUGUCAUCUGACCAUGUCUAAACUGUAAUAUCACUAUGGAAGUUAGCGUAUACAGAUUCCCACGCAAAAACACAAAUCGGUUCGUGGUUUCACGCAGCUUGAAGCUCAGAUGUCCCGUUUCACAGCUACAAACAGUACUGGUUUUUAAUAGGAUAGGUCUCUGCAUUCAGGCAAGAAUGAACGACAGCUCUAUGUAAACUCCUUCUUCAAGACCUUCAGGAGUUGAUAGUACUUAGUGAACUAUCAUUGAAAGAAACAUUUAAGGUGAAAUGGUCGAUUCCUUACUCUUAUAAGGCAUAACAACAUAGCUAUUGUACCAAUGACAGACCAAAAAGAAAAAAGGACCAAUUUUAAGAAUCACAGUUACAUUUAUACGCUGUGAGUGCAUCCCGAGUCAACUACUAUAAAUUAAGGGCAUCGUCCAUUAUGAAAAAUGUUUACAUAAUAAUUCAAAGACAAGUGUUUGUAUCUUAUAUAUUUUAACAAUGACAAAAAUUGCUUUCGGGAAAUAAAUUAACAUGCUUGAACUGCAAAAAUGGCUUGAAAUCCUACAACUUAUACUACGAAAGUAUCUCUCAUUAAGCACAAGACACCAUAUCAUCAAAAGGGAAGAAAUAAUGCACAGCAGCGUUUGGCAUUCAGGGGCUACAGGGUAGCGGCUACUCAUUAAAAAUGCAAAACAAAGUUUUCAAUGGUCAUUGAACUAAUCAAAGAACAAUCAUUGUGUUGUUUUUAUGAGUUUCCUUUACCAGCUUUGCUCAGUUUAGUGAAGGUAUCUGUAAAACAAAGUUGGUUUUCCAUAACCUGCAACUGCCACUACUUGGUUCCUUCUUUGAGACAACUCACGAGGCAAAGAAGGGAACAAAAACUUCUACACUGUCCAUAUCUACAGUUGAGAGAAUUCAGAAUUUCAGUGACAAUGAAAUUCAAAAGUGAUGAAAUGGUGGCAGUUGAAACAGACAAUCAGCCUGUGACAGAUAGCUUGAAUUGCCAAAAUGCAAGCUUGGACAGAUACUAUUGCCCAACAUGCACUACUGUGAUGAUCCCGUUAUUGGAUAACUCCGUACAAUGUGAGCUGCUUACAGACAAAAACGGAUUGCUAGCCAUUGCUAGUGAAAUCAGCAGUGGAAGCAGGCGAGGCAGUGUACAGAGCAUGACAGAGGUACAAGAAGAGGUACCAUUCAAGGACGAGGUGGCAACACUAGAAGCAGUUACCUCUCCUAAUGAAAUUUUAUUGGUAACGAGAAGUUUUGAGAACCAAGCAUCGCCAGUUCAACCACGUAGAUCAAGCAUUGCUAUGCUUUUCGACGGGAUAAAAUCGCUUGGGAAUCGCAGAAAACCUGAACAAAACCGGAAGCUCGAUAUGAAAGAGAGAGUGAUUGAAGAGGAGACGUUGCAUGAUGGGAUAGAACAAGGGUCAGCGGAGCCGGAAAAUGAUAGUUCCAUGCCCCGAAUAAGUUUUAGCGAUGAAAUUGAAACUUCUGGCAAGGAGUUGAGGCGUAAAAGUUUUCAGCUGGACAACGGGACACUGGUUGAAGAAGAAACUGCACAGUUUGAUUCAAAUUUGGCAAUAACAACAGAGGAUGCAUCACCACCUGGUACGGUUAAUUUUAUUUCAAGAAGCUUUGAAACCGUUCAGGAAAAUCCCCAGCCACGAAAGGAAAGCAUCAUUGAAAAGUUAAAUUUUUUCAAAAUGAUUCCGAGAAUUGGAAAAACAAGUGCCCAAGAAAGCAAAGAAGAACAGCCAGAGUUUCGUACUGAGCCAGUCGUUGCAAGUGGUGUCCGGCGGAAAUCUCUUGCUCCUUCAAUGUUUCUAAACAGAUUCGUAGAAGAUGAAGAGAAUGAAGCUGCAAAUGAGAAUCUCAAAACCUCGGAACCAAGUGAAGGGGUAGCACAAGCUGCAAAUUGUUUAGCAAGUGACACAGAUUUCUUUAGCCCAAACUCUCCCCGGUAUGUUACGACUGGAAUCCGCAGAGGAUCUGUUGCUGCUGUUUCUGCAGCUCCUCCUUUCCUUGAUUUAGCUAACAGAAAAACUGAGCUUGCACAGCUGUCUCAGUCUGAAACGGACAAUUGUCCAAAUGUGCGAUAUGUCGAAGAUGGUAUCAGAAGGGGUUCCAUCGCUGGGGUGUCUGCUGCCCCUCCUUGUAUAUGCCCUAAUGUAGAGGCGGAAGACCAGAUCAUGAGCAAUACUGACCUGCGAGCUGAGGAUGCUGGGGUUCUACGAAGUGGUAUCCGGAGAAGGUCACUAACUCCGGCCAAUGACGAACCAGAAAGCGGGUCUCCGGAAUCAUCGCCGAAAGCAGCAAAGAGGGUUGCAUUUGGUCUAUCAUCUUCCACAAGUGACGAAGAGGAUGCUGCUGACGAAGCAGAUGAGUUCAUGGAUCGUGUCAAGGAAAGAUACGAGAAAAAGAAAGGGAAACCAGAAGAUAAAAAAGGAGCAGUCGGACUUUUCGAGUCAUUAACUGGGCGGAAAUAUGGCGUCGAUUAUGCUUCGAUCGACGCACGUCUUAUUCAAGAAAAAUUCGAUGAAGAGUAUGAUGAAAAGCAAAAGGAAGCAAGUAAACGUUCGAUUCCGGCCAUUACCUUCAGUCUCGAUACAUCUGAAUAUGAAGAAAACAUGGAAUCAAAAGAUAAUACUAUGAAUUCUGAAGAAACAAUGGAGGAGAAAAACGGAAAUGACAACAAAGAAAUUUCAGUAGACAACCCAGAUCAACUGGCGGACUCAAACGAGGGGCCACGGCAAAAUAAUGUCUCGGAAGAACAGGAAAAUCCAUCGAACAAUUAAAUUUAAGUUUGCUGAAGAUGAGUUGCAAGGCAAGCAAUCAAAUGACAUCACCAAGUCAAUGUUUUGCAGGGAAUCGAUACGUGAAGCUUGGGUUACGGAUUUUAGAGCGCGUUUUAAUGAACCAUUUUGUAUCGCUUUCUUAUAAAUUGCACAUUGUCGAUCACAAUCAAUUUCCCACACUAGCCGUGUAAGUAUGCAAGUUAAAUCAAAAUAGCAAAGCGCAACCUAAGAUUGUACUUUCUUAGUUUUAAAAUUCAUCAGGGGUUCUUUAGGAUUCUAAAAGACCAUUGCAUAAGUUAUCGCUUUAGGAGAUUGCAAAAAUUCAAUAGCAAGAAUUCAUAUUUGCAAAAUCGACACAUCCAUUGAUCAAAGUGGAAGAAAAACGAAAAGG